CAAACGUAUCCCUAUACCCAAAGCAGUUGACAUUUCUAUCGUAACGUUAUUUUGAAAUUUGACCAAACAAUCGCAAAAAGAAUAUAAGAAAGUUUAUUACAAUUUGUUAUGACCUAAGAAAUCCUAAAAAUGUGGAAUAAUUCAAUCGUGAGUGAAAAGAAAAAAGCUUUAUUGUCACACAAACAGAAGGUCCUCGAAGAAAUAAAGUACUACGAGAAGAGAAUUGAAGAUGAGCGGAACAAGGGCAAAAUAGAGUAUUAUGUGGAUGAUGCUAGUUCAGAUUCCGAUGAUGAUCUCUGCCUGUCUAUAGAGCAGGGGCAUUCCUUAACACAGCUGAAGCUUGAACAAUCUAAGUUGAGGACUUGUCUCCAAGCUACACAUGAGCUGACGAGUUUACAAAUACUGCAAUCUGAAGUUAAUAUUAUUGUAAAUGAACCUGUGACCACUGGAGAGCCACCAGUGAAACAGCCCGGCACAUGGCGAGAAGUGACUGCAGAGUGUCGAAUAGAUCUUGUGCCGUUCUCCAUUACAUUCUACGCUCACAAAUCUAACGCAAAGUUCGGCGCGACGUCGUACCGCGGCUUAAACGUUGUGCUGGUGAAAGCAGCUCAUGAAGCUGAGCUGUCGGCAUCCGUGUUGCCUACCCUUUUGAGGCCCAGUGAUGCUGUCCAGAUACUAAGAAGUUAUGCGGAGGCCUAUAGAUCUCGUCGCAGCACUCUCGCUUGUCUGGCGAAAAAAUAUGCGGACUCAUUGUAUAUGGAACCUUUGGUGGAAGGCGGUUACCUGCUGAAGUGCGGGAACCUCUUGCAAGUGGCGUGGCGAUUGGAGAACAAGUGGUCGCCGCUAGCUCCAUUCUACCAUCGCAUGAAGUUCGACCUCGAGUAUAUGGAGGAGAAAUACAUCAACAUCAUAACUCAGUGCCACAAACAACUAUCAGAUCCCACAAUAUCAACGGACGAAAGGUCGCUUCUCCUUUCGAAGAUCAUUGCAACUUGCCUAGAGGCUAAUCCAGUGUCAGAGAGUGCUGAGUCUGACCGGGAUUCCAGGGUGCCCAAGCGCAGGGCCACAUUGGAUCAAGAGAUUGAGGAACCGGAGAAUAAAAAGAAGAAGGAAGUAAUGGCACCACCUAGGAGCUUGCCCAAAAAGGCAAAAGUUACUAAAGCUGUGUCUAAAAAUAGUAGAUCCAAUGAUGAUGCCAGAAAUAAAGAUAUGGCAGGUAAUCUAGACGCUGAUAAAGAAAAUGAAAAUAGUAAUCUUAUGGGGAAUACCAAAACUGUUACAACUAAAAAUGUUGGUAGUCGUGAAAGUGUUGUUAGUGGCUCCAAAACUGGUCAGAAGACACUUGAGAAAGCUUCAAAAAAUGCCUCCAGCACUAAAAGCGUUGAUGUGGCAAAGGAAAAUAAUAUAGAAAAUACUGUAACUGAUCCAAAAAUUAAAAAUAAACAACCAAAUAGUGCACCACAAACUAAAAACCUUGAAAUACAAUCUGAUACUGCUGACAAAGUAAUUGAAAAGUCGCAGUCUGUCAAAAAAACUGCGAUGAAAGAUAAAUCUAAAAAAGUAUCAGAAAAAGAUAAAGCCGCAACUGAAUCUAAUAAAAAAACUAGUAAGGAUGCAGUAGGAACAAAAGGUAUUAAACCGGAUGCACAAGUCGAUCCAAUGAGUAAUAAAAAAAAGCAUAGUGUCACCAAAAAUAUUGCUAAUGAUGCUAAAGUAGAAAAAAGUGCAAGUAAAAAAACCAGUAAAGUUUCUGAAAAAAGUCCCGAAGGCCAGUCUAGUGACAAUGCUAAUGAAAAUAUUGUAAGUGCAAAAAAUAGUAAUAAAGUGAAAAAACCUGUCACAAAUAAGAAACUUAGCAAAGAAAAUACACGUGCAAACAACGCCCAAACUGUCCAAUCUAGUGGGAAAGGGAAGAAAGUAGUAACUAACACUACAGAAAAGCCUCAACAUAAAGAUUCGGCGCAGAAAGUCGUAGAAAAGAAUGUAAACAAUAAAAUCAAAGAUAACAUAGCAGACAUUGCGAAGAAAGUUACUAAUGUUAAAAAUGUUGAUAGUGUAAAAGACGAAAUGCCUAUUAAAAGAAUUCUUCAUAAUAGUAACGAUCCAAUAAUAAGCCAAACAGAGCCAUACGAUAUUGAAGAUCCCGCAAUAAUGCAAGCAGUAACUCAACCAAAUGAUGUUGUACCUGCUAAAACUAAAAAAAUAAUUAAUAAUCUGCAGGACAAAAAUAAUGUAAACAAUAAAAUUGCAACUAUCAAAGCUUCUAACAAUAAUCCUAAAAAUAGACAGCAAUCGACAGAAAAGAAAGAUGGUGCAUCUGUCAAGUCUAAAAGUUCUAAUGUAGAAAAAGUUAGUAACAAGAAAACCGUUGGUGACGAUAAAGCAGAAAAACUUACUAAUAAAAAAAUUGUUGCCAGUGACAAAAAUAAAGUUAUCAAAAACACAAAUGCAAAUAAUUUGACUGAAAAAGAAAUAAAUAAUCAAAAACCCAAGUCACAGGACAUUAACAGUGACAAUAUGAAAGAAUCGGAUUACACAAAGAAAUCAGUGUUGCCUUUGCGCAUGCAGAAUCAUUUGAAAAUGACGCGCAAAUCGAUCGGCAACAUCAAAGCUUCCGCGGCGAAGGAAAAUGGCGUGAAUAUAAAAUCUAAGAUACCCCAGAAGAAACUGUCGCCUCUAAAUGAAAAUGUUAUGAAGAAAAAUCCACUGAGGAUGAGUCCAAGACACAUGGCUGCUACAUUCAACAGCACGUCCAGUUCGGUGAAGCAGAGCGCUCAGAAAUCUACCACCAACAUACCUCGGUUAGCGAAGCCGAUGAUGAAAGCAAAGUGACAGAAGUUUGAUCUGGUUUCCAGUAUAUUUGUUUUUGUAGCAGGACUACAAACAGUUGCAGGUGAUUGUGUAUAUUUUAGGUAUUGGUAAUUGGAACCACCGAAAUUAAGUGUAAUUAUAAACAGACUUACUUAUAAACUUGUUUUAGCGUUAAGAUGUGGUUAAGAAUAGGGAACCGGCCUAUGUUUGAUUUUGUUUAUUAUUCUAUAUGUAAUGGUUAAUAAUACGAAAAAAAGCACUCCUUCGAAAACUGCAUAAAAAUUGGUUAAAAAAUGGGCUAGUAAUUCAUAUUUCAAAUAUUGUAAUGUGCAGAAGUGGGCG